AGGACGAGAACAAGGCGCGGGACUCGACGUGUAAUAAAUAGCCCGAGGCCACGCCUCAGGCACUACCUAGUAGUAGGUAGGUAGCUACUGCAAAGUGGAAGACAAGGUCGGGCCGUACCUUCGUACCUCGUUGUCCCCCUACCAGCCUACCACCCCUCCUUGGUUGUGUCCCUUUCAAAUUCUUUUCCUCGGGUCUCGGUGCAGUAGGGGUCCUUUUCCCACAUCAGCUCCAUCUUGGAUUCGCGAUCUGUCCUUCUUUGGGUUUGACUUUGUGAAGUGGCAGGUAGCCUCAUUUGCUUCUCUGGCAUGAUGGUUGUGGUAUCUUAUGAGCUCUAUCAUUGCUUGAUCCAAGGCGGCGGCCGCCCGUCCUCAUUUUUUGUUCCACUAACACCAACCACGAUGAACACGGGCGGUCGCGUUGCCAACUACCGCAUAGUACUAGUACGGUGCAAUGAUAGAGAGCCGUCCAGCGCGGCAGCCGCGUCAACAAGAACAUACCUCUGCUCUGGUAAUCAAUCGAAGGCGGCAGAAUCUCCUCGACAACGGGAAGUCAUGUAUCUCCAUGCUGGCACGUCGUUCCCCAACGAGACGAGCGGGAGGGAGCUCUCUCCAAUUGCCCCGCGUGCCACUACCCCUCCAUGUCCCAUUCGGGUUAAGGCUCGAUGGCGUGCUCGAUUACAUCAUCUUUGGCCCAGGGCACAUCAUAGGAGGGAAACCGCCUACAGAAGACGCCUGGGUAGCGCAUUGAAGGCACUAUUCGCCCAAAGAGAACCCCCCUUGAGGUCGCACAGAAGGGCUUCUGGAUAGAAACAACAAUACCAUGCAAUCUCGUAGCUGAACCUCUCUAUUGAGUAAGGCUGCCUGCCGCUGGCUACCAAUGCUUUUUAAGACCACUCACUCCUGCCUUCAAGCAUAUCAUAUGCCUGGUCCAUGUUGCUGUGACUGUCUCGCCAUCCAUUCUACCCCUCCAUAUGUGUUCAAUGGCAGCAUAGAAGUCAAGAUGUCUUCUAAUUGCUAACCGCUUCGAGUGAUCUACCCUUUCUUUCCUUCAGUAUAAUAAUCCACUUCUCCUUCCGGGGAACUACAUAGUAUAACACUGUCCCUCACAUCAUCCAUACUAUCUAGGCUGCUGCUGCUGCAUAGCCA